AAACAUCUCUUGAGUGAGCAUUAUCAUGCGCAGAGCAGAUUUUGUGUUGUCAAAAUACGUUGCCGGCUUCGUCACGUGUUCUCGGGAGGUUGUGUGUUUGUCCGUAUAGCGCCCUGUAUAUUUCGAAUGUCCCUACAUCCCUAGUACAGACGGAUUGUUUUCGCACGUGUCAUGGAUUACUUAUAUAUGUUGCGCAGACAUUUUACAGUAUCCAUUUGAUACCGGGAAUAAACUAGCUACGUAACUUCUAAGGGCAAGUGAUAUUGCAUUCUGCUUGUUUGCGAUAGGUUUUUCAGUUCAGGUGCACUCGAUUUUUGGUAGUUUUCGGUAUGAUACGGCACUUUAUAGUAUUACAGAGCCUGAUGUACAUUUUUGCAGUGAUAGUCUUGCAAAAGGACUUGACAGUACGCUAGUACUUUUGCAAGUGUCCGAAAAACAACGAAUUUGCCAAAGUGUUUUGAACAUACUUUGGAAUAUUUUGAGGGGGCAAAAUUACUCCUCCUUAUUUUCUGGGGCCACAUCUUUACUCGUUGUUUAUCCUUCGGGAAACUAAUACAUAAAUCACAAAUAAUCAUUCUCCAUGUUCCAGACACACUUAACAUGGUCUCCUACUGUAACUUAGACGAAGACAAUUACAUACUCCCACUCUAUUGAAUUUAUGUGUCCCCCGUCUUUCAAAUUUAUAUACAUAAUAGACAAGUCACUGAUAAAUGCAUGGAUGAUAGUAUUUGCUGAAACAACUAACUAUUCCCUUUCCUGUUCCGCUAGCGAAUUUACGAGAGGAAGCAAUUGUUUGUACGCUUUUGUCGUAAUAUCUAUUAUAUAGUCACACAAUCGUAGAAAAAUGGGUCUACAGAAUCAAGCCUUAAUUAUAAUGCGUCUCGAAAUUUUUAAACAUAGUACCCAUGAAAAGUUACUAUCCCUCCUUUCACAUAUUUUUCUUUGCAUCCGUAGCAACAACAGUAAUUCACCAUCGCUAUUACACUUUCAACAAACGGUGAAAACACAACAAAAACUCUUGAUAUUAUAAACUUCGAACCCUAAGGAAAGCACACACGCACAGCGAAGUCCCGAAAACACGUGACAAUCCUGGCUUAAUGUUGACAACAUGCGCAGAACGCAAUGCUCGCUUCAGAGAUAUUUACUCUAUGGGAGUGAAAUGUAUUUUAGGUCGGGGAAAUCAGCACUCGUGUUUUCAUGACCAACUAAAAAUGGAAAAUCAUGUUACAGAUAACAGGAUUUUUUAGCUACUGAGUUUUCAUUUACAGCUAUGUUGCGUGUAAUUAAUUAUUCUCUCUGUUUAGACACAUAUUCUCUCUCUGAGAUAGAGCUUUACAUCUUUGCGUUGAAGUGACAGUUGUUGCUUACAAUGUGUGAAUAAUGUAAACAAGAUAUGGCAGAUCUGAAAAGGGAUCUCGACGAGUAUCUCUUAAGAAAUGACAAAUCACAGACAAAGUUUAGUAUCCCUGCUGUUUUUCCAGCCACGUCGGUUGGUAGGUGGUUUAAGAGAUCGGGCGAAAAUGAAGAAGCACCAGAUGGAUGGUUUGCAGAAACACAGAAAGAUUGCUGUCCACGUAUGGGCCGGAUUCAAAGAAUCACAGGAUUUUGUUUUUGCCUCGGAAUGGGUUGCCUCUGUUUCAUCCUUGCUGCUAUGUAUACACCUGUUCUGCUCUUGAAAGCCAGAAAAUUCGCGCUCCUAUACACAUUAGGCAGCUUAUUUGUAAUUAGCAGCUUUUCAUUUCUCUGGGGUCCUCUACAUCACCUGCGGCAUUUGUGUUCAAGGGAACGAUUACCUUUUACCUGCGCCUACUUUGGUACUUUAUUUGCAACACUAUAUUUUGCACUGCAUGUUCAGAGCACACCAUUCACUGUGCUUUGUGCUGCGUGUCAGAUUGUUGCACUCCUAUGGUUUCUCUUCAGUUACAUACCUGGUGGUCAGUCUGGUAUCAUGUUUUUUACAAGGCUGUGCUCUUCUACUGUCUCAAGCACUGUCUCCAAAACACUGCCAGUGUGAUGAAUAUCUUUUGAAUGAAGUGGAUAACAUGUUAAGAGAGUUCUUGUGAAAGUAAAUCAUUUAUACUUAACUGACAGUGCCUGUUACCAAAACAAAGGAAUGUAUUUAUUUAAUUGAUAUUAACAGCAUAUAAUUUUUUAAUAAAAUCAUGAUGUGAUCUAUUUUUUUAUGAGUGAGUGAGAAAUGUACAUAUAUUGUAAUAAGUGAAAUCACUGAUAAAUAAAUAUAUAUUUCUUAGAAGUUACUAAA